AUGAGCGCUGCAUUCUUCAUCCGCGACCACACAACCGCAGACGACACCAUCUCCAGUCACGAUGAGUGCUCUAUCUGCCUCGACGCCUACACAAGUGAAGGGUGUCUCCGCAUCACCGGCAUCCCCCGUUGCAACCAUCACAUCGGCGCCAGCUGCCUUGACCGCAUGCUGCGCAGCAACCCCGACGAAGAGAAGAAGUGUCCCCUGUGCCGCGCAGUCUGGAUUCCCGCGCACGUUCUGCCUUUCCCUCCGCGCAACCAGAGUCUGGGUACCUCACGGCGUAUGGCAAACAUGUUCGCAGGCGUCGACGGUAUCGGUGCGGAUAUCGCUGGUAAUGAGUUGAUUGGCGCUGGCGCCAUCUCACCUCUACCAUUCAGUACACCCUCAUCGCCGGACCUUACACCCGCAUCACCAGCAUACGCGCCCACAUCGCCGGUAUACACACCCACAUCCCCUACAUUCCCAGCAAACCCGAUAUCCCCGACGUUUUCACCCACCUCACCAGGAUACUCUCCCACAACUCCCACGUUCCCGACAUCCCCGACAUACACGCCUUCCACCCCACCACCCCACGGCAGCCCAGUCCCACCCUGGCGCGAAGAGCCCGAGGCUGCUCCAGCGCAGAACCAGCAGCUCAACCCCAUCGUCAUCGACUCUGAUUCCGACGACGACGCAGGCUACGCCGUCCAGUUCCAAAACUUCGAGAACUUCAGACGCGAUGUCGCUGAUAUACGGAGUCGAGCAAGAGAGACGCGCGGGCUGAGGAGUAUUAGAAAGAGACGGGCCGCUACUGCUGCUGAGAGGGAGCGUGUCAACGCCAGGAAUGAGGGACGCGGUGGUGCCGAUUCGAGUGGUAACAGUGAGAACGCUGCUGCGAAUGGUGGGACUGGUACCACCAGGUCUCGCGCGUUGAACCGUCUUCUGGGUAACGGGAGGCACCCAUUUCAGCCUUCUGAGCACACCGCUAGCGCUGGCGCUAGCGCGUCUCCUGCUCCCAUGAACGAGGUGUUGGAACAGCGCAGCCCACCGCAGGAGCGACGUCUAGGAAGCGAGCUACGCCGUGGAAGGAAGUUCGAGCAAUCCGCCUCGCGAACUGCUGAUCACGCGAGCGCCCGUCGUCGUCGAGCCCCAACACCAUACAGACAGACCCCGAGUCCAAACAACCCAGACAGGCCGGUAGAUGUAGACCUCACCGCAGAUGAGCCCAUCGAACCCCCCGCUAUUCAGUCAGGUUCUGCGCGCGAAGCAGUUCGCAGCAGACAUCUCGAUCAACGCGAAGCGUCCUUGUCUCGACGCGAGCAGGUGCUUAUUACUCGGCAGUUAGCGUUGGUGAGGCAGGAGGAAGCGGUUCAGGCGCGGGAGGAAGCGGCUCAGACCCAAGAGGACAGAGCAUUCGAGAAGAUGAUGUUGUUGAUGAGGCAGAGAGAGGAGGUGGAGGAGAUGGGUAAGAGGCACAGGAAGGAGUAUGAGCGAAUUGUACACCGAGACUAG